AUGCCACCGAAAGUCCAAAACACGAUGAUGGCAAACCGUCAUGGAUUCAGUCUCGCACUUGGAUUUUCAUCAUGGAUACAUUCGCAUAGAGAUACCGUACCACCUCAGCCCGCUCAAAGUUCAAGAGGCAAGACGAAUCGUUGGGUUCACUAUACCGCACUUGGGUUAUGGAGAGAUGCUUCGCAGGACCAAAUUAAAGUCUUCGAUACUAGUUCGAGGUUCAUUCUAGUGGCUGAUACAACACCACAGAAAAGAGAUCUCAAGAUUCAACUUCUCCUGAAAUUUUCAGAAAGGUUACCGAGGCUUAUGCUGUGCUCGACGGAAAUACGAUUAAUACGAGCAACUGCAUUCUGCUCUUAUAAUGGGACUGUGACAUCAACGGGCGGGGAACUUGCCUCGUCUGAACCCCGGCCGGUUGAUCCCACUUUCUGGGACCCACUCAAGUCAGGCUCAUCGAUGUUUUAUCGUCCGCCUGUUGGAUACUGGUCGACGAUGAACAAGCUCACGCGAGAUAGGGAAUUGAAGGAAAGGGAGAAGGCAAAGUUCAAGUUGCAAGCUCAGGUAGCUUCGUCCUCUCCCCAGAAAGCCAUGCCUUUCUCAUGACGGACCGGAAGAAAAUGAGGCUGACAGUGAAGUUCGGUUAAGCGAAUUCCAACUGAAAGUAAUCAUCGUAGCAUUCUCUGCGGUAUUCGCAGUAGUGUUUGUGGAUCGGGUCAAGGAGUUACUUGGGUAUACCGGGUUGCAAGCAUCGCAAGAACGAGAGUGACAGCUAGUGCAUCACAGGGAUGUAUAGAAGACCUCACGUCACAAUCUGCUAAUACGGUAAUACCUGUGCUGAUGGAU